UGAAAUUCCAGUCGUUGGCGGUAAGAAGAAGAAGAAGAUGUACUGAAGAUUCAUGCUGUAACGGAGGCCAGUGGAGAAAUUGUGCUUAUUAUUUUUGGUCAAGGUCAAUGACUCAUCAACGAUGAAUGUAAAAACAGGCAGUUAUUUAAUAUGUAGGUCUCUGCGUUGCGUUAGGUCCCUGCGCUGUCGCCAAGCACCGAAACAUGUCAAGCCAUCAGAGCGGACUGGAUUCAGUCCAGAAGCAACAUCCAAAUAUGACUGGAUUGGUCCACCAGACAGACUGUCAGACCUGAGGCCGAUCAGAUACCACAUCCCGGAGAAUGAGACACCACUGGAAAGGAAGUUGAUGCAUCUGAGACAGGAGACUGAAGACUGGAGUCACGAGUUCUGGACUAACCAGAACUUCACAUUUAGCAAGAAAAAGGAAGAAUAUGUGCGAUCGCAACUGUCGGCAAAAGGGUUGUCAGAGAGAGAUGAUGAUGGAAGGAAAAGGACUUUAAGCAGUGAGGAAAUGGCAGUAUUCUACAAACACUUCUUGGACAAAAACAUUACAAGGCAUGCCAGUUAUAACAGGUGAGAUAAAUACUCAAAUAGUUAUUAUAAUAUAACAACACCUGUAUACAAUCUUCUACAUGCCUUGAUUGCCUUCUGCCCUCUGAUUGAUAAUUAUUUAACAAGUAAAAGGCUGUUUAUUUGUUCAUCUCUCAGUCAUCACUGUAUUACGUUGCAUUAUAUGCUUUGCCCCCACAAUAAAAACUACAGAACUUUGAUCAUUAAG